UUUCGUUGCUCAGUCAGCUCAGUUCGCAGUCGCAGCCGCAGUCGCAGUCGCUGUUUUAGUUUUUCAGUCUAUGGCUGACUUUGUUCGCAGAGAGAGCGCUUGAAAUAAAUGCAAUGUGCCACGGUCCAGGAGAAGGACAAGCAUAGCGAACGCACAAACAACAGCAACAACAACGAUAUAAACAAAACAAAGAACAAACGACAAAAUGCGCAUCCUGAAGCAAUGGCCACGUCGACGUUCCGGCUCCAGCAUUGUGGUCAUUGAUGGCGAUGAUCUGAAGCCAUGUCUGCCGGAUGAUUACAUUAGCGGUCAGCACCACCAUUUGCACCACCAGCAGCAGCAACAGCAGCAGAAGCACCAGCAGCAGCAUUACCGCUCGCACUCAAGUGAUAUUAGGGAGAUUGAUCAGGAAAUGCUGACCAUGUUGUCGGUCAAUCAAGAUAACGGUCCACAUCGCGAGAUGGCCGUCGACUGUCCCGACACGUUUAUAGCGCGCAACAAGACGCCACCCAGGUAUCCGCCGCCCCGUCCGCCACAGCAACUGGCAGCAGCAACAGCAACAGCAGCAACAGGCGCCCAAACAGCGCAACAGCAAAUGCCCAGCUACAAGAAGGCAGCCGCAUUAGACAGCAGCAACAGCAACAGCAACAGCAACAGUAGCAACAGCAGCAACAGCAACAGCAACAACAAUGUUGCCGUUGAGUUGCUGUGCGUGGUGGAUGAGAUCUACUGCAAGGGCGACAGCUCGCCAUCGUCGAACAGCUUCGACGAUAUGCUGAGCAAACAUACGCUCGAAACGUUUGAGACAAUUGCCUAUCGUCACUUGCAGCAGCAGCAACAAAUGACGACAAGCAACAGCAACACCAAUAAUAACAACAACAGCGCAACAGCGACGCCCAAUAGCAACAGCAACUCCUUGAACAGCACGCGAAGCAGCAGCAACAGCUCCAUGCACAACAGCAGCAACAGUCACAGCAGCAACAGUCACAGCAAUAGCAACAGCAACAGCCACAGCAGCAACAUCAACAGCGCUGCAGCAUCCACAGCGAGCAGCUCAACGAUGCCGGACGAUCUGAGCAUGGCGCCACCUGGCUAUGAGCCAGCCGGCAAUCAGUUGCUGUUGCCGCAGACCAAGCAUCGCGAGCUGCCCGUCGACGUGCCCGACAGUUUCAUUGAGAUGGUCAAGGCGCCGCCGCGCUACCCGCCGCCGGCGCAUCUAUCGUCGCGCGGCUCGCUGCUCUCGAAUGCCAGCUCCUCGAACGCAUCCACGGCGCAGACGACGCUCUCGUCGCUGGGCGUGGUUGUCGCUACGCCAGCUGCGGUUGUUGCUGCUGCUGCUGCUGGUGCCCUUGCCGCCAUUGCUGGCGAUGGCAAGCGUAUUGCUGAUGAGGUAUAUCAACAACCACAAUAGUAUUUCCAAUUUAGU